UUUCCUAGUAGGGCUUGGGUUCUACUGUGGUAUGUAACCUUUUGAAAAGUUGAAGGAAUUUAUGAUCAACUUAGUUACUGCUCCGUAUUGCAUGCUCGCUUACGCCCCCUGCAUGUCUUAAUUCGGCUGCGAUUCCCGAGUCAGUCGCGUGGCUAAGUGCCGUUUAGCAUGCCAGAUUGAUUCUAGAACGGCGUUAGCAUGAUUGAUGACUCCAAUAUCAAGGGGAUUCCAAACGCCGCUCCAAGUCUCCAACUCCCCCUGGCCUACCCCGGCUGAGAAAUCUCCGAGCGAGUGGCGCAUCUAAAUCUGUUGGUAGAUCCAACGUGCUCGUUUCAAAUCGUUCUUCUGCUUUUUCUAGUUUAAUUUAAGACUAAUUUAUUUUGAACCGUUCCGGUUUAAACUUCCGAUUUUCCUCUUCAACACCCCCCUGUCGUGCUGAACCCGCCCUUUCCUUAAGCCACAGCAUUUCUUGAUGCGCAAUCAGUUUGCGCUGGAGUUUCUAAUAUGGUCUCGCUCAACGUUUUGAAAGAUGGCCCCCAAGUUUCGACCACUUAUGGCGAUGAAGCGGCGCAUGGAGGUCACUUCGUGCCCGCCAAAUACCGUGGUACCGUCAAGGACCAAGCGGACAUGAGUGCUCUGGGGCGAGAUCAGGUGCUGCGUAGAAACUUCCGGUAUAUUUCUAUUGUCGGCUUUGGCUGUACACUGAUCGCAACAUGGGAGGUUGUCCUGACAUUGCUCGAACAAGGCUUAACUGACGGAGGUACGGCCGGUUUGAUCUGGGGUUUCCUUAUCGUGGCAUGUGGCUUUCUGUUGGUUUUCCUGAGUUUGGCAGAGAUGGCUUCUAUGGCCCCGACAUCUGGAGGUCAAUACCAUUGGGUGUCCGAAUUCGCACCUCCUAGCUGCCAAAAGUUCCUGAGCUAUAUCACUGGCUGGCUGUGUGCUAUGGGCUGGCAAUGCGCUAUUGUCUCAAUUGCCUUUAUUGCGGGAACUAUCAUCCAGGGCCUCAUCGUGCUCAACCAUGAGGACUAUGUCUUUGAGCGAUGGCAUGGAACACUCCUGGUGAUUGCUAUCACCUUCUUUGGGAUUUUGUUCAAUACCUUCUUGGCCAAGAAACUGCCUUUUGUCGAAGUGCUAAUUCUUAUUCUCCAUGUUGUUGGACUGUUCGCCAUUGUCAUCCCUCUUUGGGUUCUGGCUCCUCGCAGAAGCGCUAAGCAGGUCUUUACUGAAUUCAACAACGGUGGUGGAUGGAAUAGUGACGGCACAGCAACCUUGGUGGGAUUCUCAACUACUAUUACGGCCUUGAUCGGAUACGACUGUGCCGUCCAUAUGUCCGAAGAAAUCAAGGAUGCAUCGGAGACUCUCCCGAAGGCUAUGAUCACUUCUGUUCUCAUUAAUGAUUGUGCGGGAUUUCUCAUGCUGGUGACGAUCUGUUUCACCCUGGGUGAUAUCGAUGAGGUCCUCGCAACCCCCACUGGGUACCCGUUCAUUCAAGUAUUCUACAAUGCCACCAACAGUCUUCCUGGCACGAACACCAUGACCGCUAUCCUGGUUCUUACGCUCACUGCUAGUACAAUUACUGAAUUGGCCACGGCCUCUCGCCAGCUUUGGUCCUUCGCCCGAGAUGGUGGACUCCCCUUUUCUGGAUUUUUCGGAUACGUCACUCCUGGGUGGAAUAUUCCUCUUAAUGCGGUGAUGGUUUCCCUUAUGGUAACGGUUCUCCUGUCGUUGAUCAACAUUGGGUCAACCACCGCGUUGUUGGCCAUCGUUACCCUAACCAUCGGAUCACUUAUGUCUUCGUACGUUAUUACGAUUGGAUGCUUGUUGUUAAAGCGGAUCCGUGGCGAGCCUCUCCCGCCCCGCCGGUGGACUCUGGGUCGGUACGGAAUGGCCAUUAACAUCGGAGCCUUGUGCUUCUUGGUGCCGGUGUUUGUGUUUGCUUUCUUCCCUCUGACCUCGACAGUCGACAAGGAGACCAUGAACUGGUGUGCGGUGAUGUACGGCGGCGUUAUGCUCAUUGCCAUCCUAUAUUACAUCUUCCGCGGCCGCCAUGUCUAUGUUCCUCCGGUUGCGUUGGUGAAGCGUGAAAUGUGAGAAGGCUAGAUAUUAUUGUCCUUCGCUGUAAACACUUAAUUAUAAU